AUGGCACUAUUUUCUUUGUCUAUCUCAUGUUUGCUGCUUUUGGACUUCCAGCUGGGCUAUGGAGUCCCAGCUCUAGCCUCAGAUCCAGUGUUCCUGUCUGGCGAGGCAGCAGACGGCAUUCUGAGGAGACACAAACGCUAUAACAACGGUGUGUUUGAGGAGCUGCUGGAAGGCAACUUGGAGAGAGAGUGUAUGGAGGAAGUAUGUGACCUGGAAGAGGCCAGGGAGGUCUUUGAGGAUGACGAAAAGACGAUGGCGUUCUGGGUGGGAUAUGUAGAUGGUAAUCAGUGUAAAUCAGGCCCAUGUCUGAACCAGGGCUCAUGCAACGACCACCUUGGCUACUACACAUGCUCAUGUCCGUCAGGCUUCACUGGCAGAAACUGUGAGAUUAUUGUCGCAAAACGGUGCGAUGUGAACAACGGAGAGUGUAUGCACUUCUGUGAAUCAAUGGGAACCUUUGGGGCAAAAUGCUCGUGUGCGACAGGAUACAGGCUGACAGAGGAUGGGCUUAACUGUGAGCCAGAAGCUGAAUUUCCAUGCGGCAGAACCGCCCUGACAGCGGUGGGUUCGGUAUCCACAAGGUCUCUGCACGGCCGUGAGAACGCCACCUCACUCACCGGCAACACCACUACUACAUCCCCUCCCUCGACUCCAGCCGGCACCACGGCGUCUCCUCCAGCCACAUAUGACCCUGCACGAAACCAAUCCCGAAAGAAGCUGCCCCGGUGGAUGAACAGUGACGCUGAGGACCCCACUGAGGGGCCGCCCAGGGGUCACAAACGCAUUGUUGGUGGCGAGGUGGUAAUUCCAGGAGAGAUCCCAUGGCAGGUGGCCUUGAUAGCACAUCCCAGCGGUCAGUUGUUCUGUGGGGGCUCCAUCCUCAGCGAACGCUGGGUUAUCACUGCUGCUCACUGCCUGGUGGAGGCACAGGGCUCCUUCUUCAUCAGAGUGGGGGAGCAUAACAUCUACAUCCACGAGGACACAGAGCAGGAUUAUGAUGUCUUGGAGCAGCACAUACACCCACGCUACAACGCCAGUGUAAGCUUGUAUAACCAUGACAUUGCCCUGAUUUACCUCAAGAGCCCUAUCACCUUCUCCACAACUGUGCGACCCGUCUGCAUCGGGCCCAAGGCUUUCACUGAGACCCUGGUGAAGGAGUACUCCCCUGCAAUGGUCAGCGGCUGGGGGCGGACGCGCUUCCUUGGAUUAACGGCUGACAGUUUGCAGAAGGUGGAGGUUCCCUACACAGAUCGGAUGGAGUGUAAGCGCAGCAGCAGCUCCAGGAUCACUCCCUUUAUGUUCUGUGCAGGAUACUAUGAUGCAGCCAAAGACGCCUGUCAGGGCGACAGUGGAGGUCCUCACACAAACAGCAUUCAUGACACGUGGUUCCUGACAGGCGUUGUGAGCUGGGGGGAAGAAUGUGCAAAGGAAGGGAAAUAUGGCGUGUACACCCGCGUGGCCCUUUAUUACGGCUGGAUAAAACAUGUUAUGGGAUUAACUAAACACAGGCUGGCACUGGAUGUGGACGACCCUGACCCUUAG